GAAUCAGACGCGUCCACUUUUCCCUGUUUGGUGGACUGGCCGCCUGGGACAUAUUUCAUUGCUUCCUAGACCGUCUUACGGCAAAGUCCUCCUCUUGACUUUCUAUUGUAAAGAAAGUACGCGUUGGCCGGGCUCGCUUGGAACCACGGAUUUCCUACGCCACGAUGGAGACUUUAUCAUCAGGAGUCAUCGCUGACAUAAUUGAGGGUGGGCAUCCUGAUAAACCAGUUGUGCAGAUUUUGUCAAUGAAGCGGAUCCCCAGUGGUGCUCAGGAGCGCUGGCGUCUCCUGCUCUCAGAUGGACAAUGGUCGAGCAGUUUUGCCAUGUUGGCCACACAGCUGAACUCUAAGGUGGACACUGGGGAGAUUAAAAACAACUGCAUCAUCUCCUUGGACCGAUAUGUUUGCAACACUGUCCAGGAAAACAAAAAGGUGUUGAUCAUCCUUGACCUUUCUGUAGUCAAGACUGGGGAAGAGGUAGGGCAGAAACUGGGGAGUCCAGUCACUUAUGAUCCCAACAAAAAUGCAGGUCAGCAACAGCAGCAGCCUGCACAAAAGCAGCUGUAUAAGCCACCAGUACCUAAAGUCACACCUAGUGCAGGACCCACAGGUGGUAAUGUGCAGCGGAAUCCUUUAGCUCAGCACAAUGUACCUACUCGAGAACCUGCCAUAACAAAAACUCCUUCUGGCGGCAAUGUACAUCCUAUUGAAGCUCUCACUCCAUACCAAAACAGGUGGACAAUUUGUGCUCGUGUGACCAACAAGUCUGCCAUUCGCACUUGGUCCAACUCGAGAGGGGAAGGAAAACUCUUCUCUAUGGAUCUGCUGGAUGAGUCGGGGGAGAUCAGAGCCACUGCCUUCAAUGAACAAUGUGAUAAAUUUUAUGAUAUGAUUGAGAUUGACAAAGUGUACUUCAUAUCCACUGCCACCCUUAAGACUGCCAAUAAACAGUACUCUAACCUCAACAAUGAAUAUGAAAUGACUUUCAAUCGAGGAACUGAGGUCACGCCCUGCCAUGAGUCAACUGCCAUCCCAACCAUGCAGUUCAACUUUGUAUCUUUUGAUCAGUUGGAGGGUCUCAGUAAGGAUUCCAUUGUAGAUGUCAUUGGUGUAUGUAAGGAAACAUUUGACAUAAGCUUUGUCACCAUGAGGUCAAGUGGAAAAGAGCUGACAAAGAGGGACUUGCAGCUUAUUGACAGCACUGCAAGAGAAGUUCGGCUGACAAUAUGGGGAACCCAAGCAGAGACCUUUGAUGGAUCUCAGCAACCCGUGGUCGCAGUAAAAGGAGCCAAGGUGUCGGACUUCAGUGGUAUCUCUUUGUCUACCCUCAGCUCUUCCUGUCUCCAAAUCAACCCAGACAUUCGGGAGGCUCACAUGGUGAAGGGAUGGUUCGAUAAUGGAGGAAAUGUAGCACAGACUCAGAACCUUUCAGGGAAGAAUACGGCAGGAGGAGUUACAGGAGACUUUAAGCUGUUUGCUGAAGCCCAACAGAAGACUGGAGUUGACAAUCCAGAAUACUGCUGUCUCAAAGGAGUCAUUGUAAUGGUUCGAAAAGAAAACAGUAUGUAUGCAGCUUGCCCCAAAGAAGGAUGCAAUAAGAAGGUUGUAGAUCAAGGCAGUAGCCAAUACAGAUGUGAAAAGUGUGACCAGAGUUACGACUCAUUCAAGUGGCGCAUCAUGCUCGGGGUUUGUGUGGCAGACAUCUCAGAUAGCCACUGGGUAACCAUAUUCCAGGAUGAAGCCCAGCGAUUGCUCAACACCACAUCAGAUGAGCUUGGUCUCAUGAAAGAAACUAAUAAUGUUGAAUUUGAGAAAAUAAUGGACAGCAUUCUAUUCAAGAACUAUAACUUCAAGUUGAGAUGCAAAAUAGAAACAUACAAUGGAGAGAGCAGGUGGAAACCAACAGUCAUGAGCUUUGCUCCAGUGAAUCCCAAGGAGCACGGUCGACGCCUCCUCACCGAGAUGAAGCAGAUGGCUGGGGAGUCAUAAAUUCCCACCUCGAUAAAGCAAUUGUUUCAUGUAUUAUACAUGAAAAUGUUGAAUAUUGUCUUUAUUAUCAGUGUAAUUUUUUAGGAAAAUAAUUUAGUUACAUAUGAUUUCUAUUAAGCUGAGUUUUUAUUUUGUAAUAGUUAUUCAUAAGUUUGUAGUGGGUUGCUGAAUUCAUUAUAAAUUUCACAGAGAAAAAUAAAUCUAUUCAGAAGCAGCAUACCAUCUUGAAUUUGAUAAGUUCAUCUGUUCCUUGCAUAGUACAUUGAGAUCAUCUGAACAAAAAGUAAGGGAUGGGUAUGGAUUAGUAAAAUAGAGUAUGGAAAGGAAUGUAAAAAAUCUGAUGCUAUGCUCAGAUGAGACAAACAAAAAGAAUAUUAAUGUUCUGGGUUUGGGGGUCUAGAAAUGAUAUCCCAAUAUAAAGCUUGUGGGUGUAAUAUGAUACUUGUAGCUCACCCCCAAAAGAUCUGUAAAGGAGUUUUAUGCACAUACCAUGCAGACAAAGGGCAGCACCAAUAUGCAGUAUCUUGGCCAUUUUCCCGAGAGACUUCCCUCUUUUGGCAACCGUAGCAUAUCUGGCACAACUUUAAGGCAUUGGUCAGCACCUCACUGUUUUUGCUUGUUCCAUCUUUGGUUGGGUGGCCACAUUAUUUCUUUUUAAAGUUACACUCGGUAAAGUGCUAUUUUGACUAGCAGAACUUUAAAUAAGCCUCAUUCCAAGUGGCUUUUAUUUACCUCAUGUCUGAUCUACAAAAGAUAGUAUGUCACCAACCUCAUGAUAAACAACUACCAGAGAAGUCUUAUUAAAAGGGUUUAAGAUAUAAAGCUAGGGCGUAAGUGAUGUAUUUGUGUUAGUGCUGCUGCAGUAUUAUUACAUGGCUAAAAAGUGAACAUAAAGUGUUGUGUCCUAACAAUAUCAUAUUCUUGCCAUCAGUUGACCUUGCUAUGGUGACAAUCAUGCUCUCAAAAUGCCAGAAGCUGUUUGUGGCUUCCCUUUGUUUGUCACCCAGCUUACCACCAAAAACAUGUUAAGAUUCAGUAAUAAAGUUGCUGGGUCUAA